CCCCGCGCGUGUGGCCCCACGCGUGCCGCCGCCCCCCGCCCCGGGGCCGCGUCGCUCGGGGGCGGGCGGAGGCGGCGGCAGCGCCGCGGGGCUGCGCUCGGCAGCGGCCGCACCGGAGCCGAGCCGGGCCGAACCGAGCCGAACCUAGCCGAACCUAGCCGAGCCUAGCCGAACCGAGCCGAGCGGUACCGGGCCGUACCGAGCCCAGCGCCCGCCCCGCCGCCGCCUCUCCCCGCCACCAUCCAGCCAGUAAUUUUCCAAGCCCGGUCGGCGCUUCCCGGUCGAGCUGCCCGGAGGAUCCGCGGGGCCAUGGGGGACAAAGGCACCCGGGUGUUUAAGAAAGCCAGCCCCAACGGGAAGCUCACCGUCUACCUGGGGAAGAGAGAUUUCGUGGAUCACAUCGACGUGGUGGACCCCGUGGACGGAGUGGUGCUGGUGGAUCCCGAGUACCUGAAGGAGAGGAAAGUCUUCGUGACGUUGACCUGCGCCUUCCGUUACGGCCGCGAGGACCUGGACGUGCUGGGGCUGACGUUCCGCAAGGACCUCUUCGUGGCCAACGCCCAAGCCUUCCCCCCGGUCCCCGAGGAGAAGAAACCCCUGACGCGGCUGCAGGAGCGGCUGAUCAAGAAGCUGGGCGAGCAUGCCUACCCCUUCACCUUCGAGAUCCCCCCCAACCUGCCUUGCUCCGUCACGCUGCAGCCGGGUCCGGAGGACACGGGGAAGGCCUGCGGUGUGGACUACGAGGUCAAAGCUUUCUGCGCCGAGAACCUGGAGGAGAAAAUUCACAAAAGGAACUCCGUGCGCCUGGUGAUCCGUAAGGUCCAGUACGCACCGGAGCGACCCGGCCCCCAACCCAUGGCAGAGACCACCCGGCAGUUCCUCAUGUCAGACAAACCGCUGCACCUUGAGGCGUCCCUGGACAAGGAGAUCUACUACCACGGUGAGCCCAUCAGCGUCAACGUCCAUGUCACCAACAACACCAACAAGACGGUGAAGAAGAUCAAAAUCUCAGUGCGCCAGUACGCCGACAUCUGCCUCUUCAACACCGCCCAGUACAAGUGCCCGGUGGCCGUGGAAGACGCUGACGACAUGGUGGCCCCGAGCUCGACGUUCUGCAAAGUCUACACCCUGACCCCCUUCCUCGCCAACAACCGGGAGAAGCGGGGGCUGGCGCUGGACGGCAAGCUCAAGCACGAAGACACCAACCUGGCCUCCAGCACGCUGUUAAGAGACGGAGCCAACAAGGAGAUCCUGGGCAUUAUCGUCUCCUACAAGGUGAAGGUGAAGCUGGUGGUGUCCCGAGGAGGCCUGCUGGGAGACCUCGCCUCCAGCGACGUCGCGGUGGAGCUGCCCUUCACGCUGAUGCAUCCCAAACCCAAGGAGGAACCGGCACACCGGGACGUUCCGGAGAACGAAGCGCCCAUAGAUACGAAUCUGAUAGAGCUUGACACAAAUGACGACGACAUCGUGUUCGAAGACUUUGCCCGCCAGCGACUCAAAGGCAUGAAAGAUGACAAGGAGGACGAGGAGGAGCGGGCAAACUCCCCGCAGCUCAACGACAGAUAAGCGGGGUGCCCCCCCCCCCCCCGCCCUCAGCUCGCCGGGCCGGCGCGCGCCAGUAACACCCGUGCAUUAGGCUUCUUCUCUUUUCUAUAAUUAUUAAUUUUGUUUUCUACCUGUAACCGGGAGCCUAUGGAAUCGCCUGAUGGCGACGGCAAUUAUAACCUUCCAGCUGUG